AUGGAGACCUAUUACGGCCACGUGCGGUCCCCCGCCGACGCCAUCAAGCUCUUUGAAGCCUGCAGGCUCGGGCUACUGCCCCGUGUCCAACGGCGAUUAUCCGAGAAGGAACGACAGUCGAUCCGGCCCGGAUCUGUUUUCGUGUGGGAUGAACGGGAAGCCGGUAUGAGGAGAUGGACAGAUGGCAAGUCGUGGAGCGCCAGCCGAGUCUCGGGAAGUUUCCUCACCUACCGCGAAAUGGAGGGCAAGCGAGCUGGUGGUUUCGGCAACAACAGCAGCCGCAGAGGCGCGACCAAGACGCCGGAUUCGAAUCGCGGGAGCGAUGAAGACCAGGAGAAUGGCGGCCCGGAGGGCUACAAAUACAAGGCCGAUGGCCUGAUGAAGCAGUCUUUCAGCAUCACCACCUCGGCCACCCAGCACCUCCAUCUGAUAUCAUACUACGCAAGGCCACGGCCGGGGGAUCCCCAACUGCUACAACCGACGUCCGACCCCAACUUGCGUCACAUUGUCCCUCCGAAGGGGAUGUAUCCCGAAUCCAGCCUCCAUGACAACAGUUCGACACCCGCUUUGACCAGGGCACCCAUGAUACAGCAUCCACCAUACGCGGCCCAACACCUUCCUCACCCGGGUCCACCGCCUCAGCACCACCCUCUGGCGCACUACCCCCCACUCCCGCCCGGAUACCAAUGGUCUCCCACGCCCCUGCCAUUUUCGCCCUACGGCCAACAUCAUCAUUACACGUCAGCCCCAUAUCCUCCACAUGACCAGAAGGCACUCCCCGCUCCGAACGGACAUGAUGCGAACGGACAUCAUAGCCAUCCAUCUACGUAUGCGGGCCCGCCACCUCAUUACGUGACACACCCUCUCGCCUACGACCGGCCGACUCUGCCCCCGCCGAUGCCACAAGCCCUGACUCCAUCACCGGCGCUGUAUGCGGCGCAACAGCAGCCAUCACAACCACCACAUCCAUCACAGCAAUCCCCGCAUACGUCACACACGAUAUCCGAGGCCUCCCCCCGAGCACAGCACCUCCAGGCGCAAGCCGCACAAGCCGUCAUGAUGGACUCGUGCAACGGUAGUCAGUUCCUGCCGUCUAUUAAGCGAGAGGGCAGCCCCUCGUCACCCCGGGUCGCAGAGUCGGACAAUACCGGAGCCGAGGACAAGACGAGCAUCUCGGCCUUACUGCGGACCCCGUUGGUGGAGCCCCAUCGAGAGUCGGGCCCAGGGCGAGGGCGAGGGCCAGGGCCAGGGCCAAACGGUUCCAUCCCCCAGCCUGGCAUCUUGCCUCGCACGGGGGUUCCAUUAAGCGGGAUGCUCGGCCCCGCUGAACGACCGGGCGGGUCGAGUCAUGAUGCGAGAGCUCUACAGUUGCUGGACCGCAAGUUCUGCGCAUGA